CACAAGUCAAAAUUUAGGUUAAAUUACACCGUAAUUUCAGUCAAUCAUGAAGUCCGUGCAUUUUAAAAACGCAAACGACGCGAAGGCGACAAACCCUAAGAAAGACAAACCCAUAAAACCUGUUAAUAAAAAACCCACGGUUGACGUUGAGGAAUCGAAGAUUGCAGAUCAAGCUAAACGUGAUGACUCAGAAUGGGUCCCGAGUAGGGAUUGGCACACGUAUUUAAGUAGUCAGCAAACCGAUGAUCCAAAACUAUUUCCCUGGGAAGGCAGUCGAAAGGACGACUUGAACGCAAACGCAGAGGACCUGAUGCUGACCAAGCCAACUGAUAGGCUAGUCGAUAUAAAACUGCCUACAGUCAACUUUUGCUCCAAAGAUAGAAUAACUCCGCGUCAACAAAACGUCACCAUAUCGGAUCUCGGAGACGGAGACAAGAGUAGAAUAGCGCAGUUGGUGCAAGAGUUGGCAAGGUGCAAGCAAGAGAAACAGGAAGACGAUGAGACAAUACUCAUGUUGAAAAACAAAGUGACUGAACUGAAAACAUCAAUGAGGAAACUACUAUCGAAUCGCAGCCCUGAGACUAAAAUAUCUAAAAUACAAUCCAAAAACGAAGUAGAACAGCAAGCGUUGAAAAAUCAGUUGUCAGAAUUGAAUCGACUGAUUUACCAGACGCAAGUUCAAAAAGCGAACACAGAAGUUCAAUUGAGAACCAUCGCUACCCAAGCGGAGAAGAUGACGAAGAUAAUACAUGAGAUGCACCGGGAGAAUACUGAUCUUCAAGUCGAGCUGAGGGUCACGAAAGAACGUUUAAGCGUCGCUCAAAACGCUGUUGAGAAAAUUACCAAAGAUUUGCAGAGUGUUCAGAACCAAAUGAAACCCACCAUGGAGGAUAAGGCUUGUCAAUCCGUAGAAGACCUUGGAUCGGUUAGUGUUCAAACUGAACAACAAACUAAUGGAAACAAAUUUAAAUUCGGAACAAACAACUCCGAUGUCAUUCCGGAAGACCAACGCAUUCUUUGUGAGUUGUUCUUUAAUAAAUCUAUGCAAAAUGAAUUCGCACCGAAAGAAACCGUUAUCAUUCUUCCUUCUGAUUCCAUCCCGUUUUUUACUAAAGAUUAGGCGAAAAAUUAUUUUGUGUCGGAAAUAUAUUUAUUUUAUGUAUUUUUAUGUUCACCACUAUAUA